AAUUAGAAAAGCCCAAAGAGAGUGUACUUAUAUGCUUACUAAGCUACUGCUGCCCAUCCGUAGUCAUGGCAAACAAGUUCCGCAGGCAAAUUGGUAAAGUCUCUUCCAUUUCUAACUCUUCUCAACCCAAAUUCUGCAAGAUCAUUUUUAGCCCGCAUGAAUUAUGCCGUCUCAGGAUUCCAAAAGGAUUUGCCAGCAGAUAUUGCAAGAACAUAUUAAACCCGGUGUAUCUUGAGGUUCCCAAUGGAGAAGUAUGGGAGGUUGAACUGGAACAUUCUGAAGGCCACAUUUGGCUAGCUGAAGGCUGGAAGGAUUUCAGCGAAUAUUACUCAAUAAGACGCGGGAACUUUUUUAUGUUCGGAUACAAUGCUCGUUCUCAUUUUAAUGUCACUAUAUUUGAUUUUAGUGCAGCAGAAAUUGAAUAUCCACCAGCAGAGAUUGAAUCGGAUGAUUCUAUAGAUAUAUCGGAUGUGGUUGAGUAUCCUUCUGAAUAUCUGAGCCAUGACCCCUUAGUGCAGGAGAGAAAACGAAUAAGACAAGAAGGGAAAGAAGAGAAUGAUAUUCCAGUUGAACAUCAAACUAUUGUAAUUGAUGAAGAAGAGUCUCAACUGAAUGUAGUUUCACUAGUAAUUAGUGAAGAUUGCGAGGAGCAACAAUCCAACAUCGUUACCAGUAAGAGAAAGGAAGAGAGGGAUGAAGGGACAGCUGAUAACUAUCAAAGAGCAAAAGCUUUUAAAUCUAAGAAUCCAUUCAUUGUAUCUUUUAUGCAUCCAUCGUAUGUCUCGAAACCACACGCUCUGUACAUUCCGUUGAAAUUUGCUAGGAUGUAUUUAAUGCGGAACAGUGGCAAUUUGGUGUUGCGUGUUCCAGGGAAAGGAUCUUGGUCUGUCAAAUGUGUUAUGCUAAGGAAAGAUGCUAAAGUUACUUGUGGUUGGAAGGCGUUCGUUCUGGACAAUAAGUUAAAAUAUGGUGAUGUUUGUGUCUUUGAAGUAAUUAAUGACGCUAAACUUUCCUUGAUAGAUGUCACCAUAUUUCCAGGGAUUUCUGAUGGUACAAAGUGAAUCUAUCAAUGCUGAGGCUUCGGUUCUAUGUUCUCAAUAUAUAGAUACAUCCUAUCAAAGAACAACAGCUUUUACGUCUGAAGAGCGGUUCUUCAACAGAUAGAUCCGUUCUAUCUGCCUCUGCAAAGAGAAGUCCUCCUCCCAUUAAAUUAGAGAAAUUUCGCCAAAGUAUGUAAAACCUUAGAACAUUUUAUUUUGUAAUAUUAGCUUCUUGUAUGGAGGUUCUUUGUCAUGAACUUCUUGUGUAGAGUUGAGUGUGUUCAACUGUGACAUAUGUACGAGGUGGUAAAUCAAUGUGUCUCCCUUACUUUAUGUACUCUUGGGAUAUUAAUGUUCGAAGUAAGGGUCAAAGCCCAACCCCCGGCAUGAUGCCAUUUGAAAUAAAAGAACCUUUCUGAUGGUUGACCUCGAUGA